GACCCAGUGAGCACUCCGUAGCUCUCAAAUGUGGAUAGCUGUCAGGUUACCAUGCAACCUGAUAGAGCAUAGGCUGGCUCAUUUGCCUUUCCGGGAGUAAUACAUGUCAUUAGACACGCCAAUCUAACUGCAUUUAUUUCCCUGCUGUAUUUAGUCAAGUUUGGGACCCACGCUAAGCCUUUUUUUCGAAUAAAUUUGCUCACUUAUUGUCAGCUAGUGUGCGGCAGUUAGCUAACCGACGACCGCGUCGUUAAAAAGCUAAACGCUCCUUGUUUGUUGGGCUAAAGUAAGGUGGCGCUGCUCACAAUCAGUUUCUGUGACAUCAACACUGAACUUUGAGAAUGAAUGUCGCUAAAACUGGUUACCGUGUGUUUUCCGCAAACUCCUCCGCUGCCUGCACAGAGUUGGCUAAGAAGAUAACAGAGCGGUUGGGGGUUGAACUGGGGAAGUCUGUAGUCUUUCAAGAAUCUAACAGAGAGACAAGAGUGGAUGUGAAAGAAUCUGUUCGUGGGCAGACCAUUUUCAUUAUCCAAACCAUACCAAGAGAUGUCAACACAGCCAUCAUGGAGCUCCUUAUUAUGGCUUAUGCUCUUAAGACUUCCUGUGCAAAGAACAUUAUUGGAGUUAUUCCUUACUUCCCCUACAGCAAGCAAUGCAAAAUGAGGAAGAGAGGCUCCAUAGUGUGCAAACUCUUAGCUUCAAUGUUGGCUAAAGCAGGAUUGACGCACAUCAUCACCAUGGACCUGCAUCAGAAGGAGAUCCAGGGCUUUUUCAGCUUUCCAGUGGAUAAUCUGCGUGCCUCCCCAUUCCUGAUUCAGUACAUUCAAGAGGAGAUUCCUGAUUACAGAAAUGCCAUCAUUGUGGCAAAGUCUCCUGCUGCAGCUAAAAGGGCUCAGUCCUACGCAGAACGUCUCCGACUGGGUCUGGCUGUGAUCCACGGUGAGGCCCAGUGUGCAGAGUCGGACAUGGCCGAUGGAAGACACUCCCCACCAUGUGUGCGCAACACCACAGGGCACACAGGACUGGAGCUACCCUCAGGCAAACAACAGGCUCCGUUCCCUGGCAUAGAACUUCCAAUAAUGAUGGCCAAGGAGAAACCUCCGAUUACUGUAGUUGGAGAUGUUGGUGGAAGAAUCGCCAUAAUAGUGGAUGAUAUAAUAGACGAUGUAGGAGACUUUGUUGCUGCUGCAGAAAUCUUGAAAGAGAGAGGGGCCUAUAAAAUCUAUAUCAUGGCCACCCAUGGUUUACUUUCUGCAGAUGCUCCUCGUCUCAUAGAGGAAUCCGCCAUUGAUGUGGUGGUCGUGACAAACACGGUGCCCCACGAGGUGCAGAAGCUACAGUGCCCAAAAAUCAAGACUGUGGACGUCAGCAUGAUAUUAGCCGAGGCGAUCCGCCGCAUCCACAACGGGGAGUCUAUGGCCUACUUAUUUCGCAAUAUCACAGUGGACGACUAAGUUGAGGUCGAACGUGGGGCCGUUCCAAAGAUGUAUUAAUGAGCUGCUUUAUCUACAUAUUUUGGAAGCAGUUUUAAUGUCUGAGGUGAUUGUUUUACUGUCGACUCUUUGACUGUAAUCAUCCGAUGAAACAAGAUUGUCUAGGAUGUUCAAGAUCAAUCCAACAACACCCAAGGCUACUAACAACUGCCAACAUUUUAACAUUAUUUUGAGUCAUCACGUACACCAAGAAAACAGGCCUUACUCCAAAUCUGACAUCUCUAGGCUCUAUUGAAGUAUGUAGCGGGCCACAUGGACAAACCAAACAUCUGCUGAAGAAAACCUUUAUGGUCAAACAAGACAAAGGUUGGACUAUGUGGCCAGAAUUUGGAGGAGUUAAUAGGAAGCUUUCAAGCCUAAAAACCCUCUUCCAACAGUCAACAUGAAAGUGGUGGUGGCAACAUGCCGAGGGUCUUUUCUCUGCCAGUGGCACUUGUGCAUCACAUUUCACCUCAGAUCAGUAAUUUGCACUUUGACACAGCUGAAUGCUCCAUCUGGACAACAUCAUCCUAAACAUAAACUGGAUUUUUGCAAUGCAUAAAGCAGCCUGACGAUUAGCUCCUACAAUUGCCCAGAUCAGAACCUUACUGAACACAAAGAUUGCACUUAAAACCCAGGUUCAGGGCAGAAAUGACAAAUUAUCAGUACACAUUAUACUGUAUUAAUGACUUUUCUUGCAAUAUAUAAAGACCUGAAAGACAAUCCACCCAUACAUUUUGUCUGCUGUAACAUUAUAUAAUCUGUUUGAAAUGAAUUUGCCAAUGUGGUGAUUCUUGUGUUUAAAUGUAUUUGUUUUAUCUUUUGAUGGAUUCUAUAUAAAUGUGCAGUGAAGAUGAACAGAUCUCUUAAUUUGACCUGAUUAAAGUGACAAUUAGAGUUUUUGACUGAAUUCUGAAUUAAAUCUGUAUCCCUCUAUGUGGGUUUCAAUCAAUCAUUACACACAGUAGACCUCUGAUGAAUGUCAUUGAAAUAAUGUGUUUUUAUCAAAAAAUAUACAAUUUAGAAAUGAAAAAUAAUAUUGAUUGAUGAACAUUAAAUGCCAAACUGACCUUAAACUCCUGAAGACAGAACUUUUAAAGCAAAACUGAAACGUUGGAUGCAGAAAAGGUCAGAGAUCCUAUACUUGCUCUAAACUUCUCAGGUAACCAUGCAACUCUGAGGAGCUUGGACCAAGUCCAGGAGCAGACCUUUUAAGAAUUUUGGCGCUGUUGCAGCAACACUUUCAUCUAAAAGAAGUCUUGAGGCUGUAUCAUUAUCGUCUUAAUAAAAAUGUCUGAUCACACCUGGGCUCUGCAAAGAAGGGUCUGCCUCUGUGUCUCCAGUCGUGUAGCAAAAAUAGAGGAGCAGCUGUGAGUUUAAAGAGGAUAAAGAGGAAGAAAAGGUUUGAUUGUUAAAGGUCGCUUCCUCGUUUUCUUUUGGCAAAACAAUUCACCUUGGCUGUAAACUUUUAAAAGAGGAAGCACGCUGGGCCUGUUGACCGAAAUGUUAACGCUGCCUAUGACGGGCUUUGUGAGUUCAUAAAAGUGUCCGCUAUAAAAUACAGCAGUCAGAACUUUAACGUGACUGUGAAGCCUCUGAAGGGAUUCUAGAAGGGAACAUUGAUGCUGUAAAUGGAAGGAAGUAUCAAAGCAGAAGACUGCCACAUUUAUGCCAAUGUAGAAUACAGGCCUGGAGCAGCUGACAUUUGGUCCUGACCAGCCCUUAAGAUUAGAUAAAUAAAACCUCAGAUGUUAGUUUAUCAAAACGCUGAGACAAAAUAUAAAGAUGCAGCCAUUCUGCUUCCACAACAGUUAUGGUAGUAGGUACAAUCUUGUGCAGCACAGUUUGCUUAGUUUGUGUAAAGUAUUUAAGUGUGCAUUCAAGGGAAGCAACUUGCUGCUUUUGAAGAGCAUGAGGGACUUUUGAGUCCAUUAUUAUAAACAGAAGUUAUCUGCAAGACAAAGAUAUUCAGGUUCAUUAGAGAGUUGCAAAAAUAGAAUAAAAUAACGUGCAGUGCCUUUCUGUAGUUUUAUUCCACUUUCUCUGGAUUUAGGUCUGGAUUUUGACUGGCUUAUCAUAGCAUUCGUGUAUCUGCUCCAUUCAUCUUUUCAUCAACUCUAACCAGCUCCACUGUCUCCACCAAAGAAAAACAUCCCAUCGGCAUUUUGCUGUUACCACUGUGUUUCACUCGGUCAUGACCUGACCGUGUAAAAUUUUUGAGUUUGAGGUCCUUUUCUGUUUUCUCUACUCACUUUCUUCAGUGGCUGUUAUUUCAGUUCAUUCAUGUUGAUUAGAUUCAUCAUUCAUUCUUGUGUUUAAAUUACCUUCUUGGAUUCAUGUGCUAGGUGUUUUAGUCUGUAUGUCCUUGUAGAUCUGUUUACUCCCUGUUAAUGGUUUUCAGCUCUUGUUUUAUAUUCCUGUAUGUUGACUUCUGUUUGAUUCCAUGCUCAUCUGUAUUAAUCAGCCCCCCUCCUUCAGUUGCUCUGCAUGUUUGUUGUCACCAGCUGCCCCAUAUUCCUCCUGAUUAGCCUUCCUUGUUUUUUUGGUCCUUUCUCCUCCCUAGCUCGGUAUUUAUACACUAGGGUUUUCAUUUCACGCCACUGCAUUACACUGUUGCCUACCCGCUCAAUGCAUGCUACUUUGUUCAUGUCCUGAACUCUACCUCUGAAGGUUUUUCCUGUGUUUAGUUAUUAAAGACCGGGCACAGACUCCUAGCUUGAGUGAUUCAGUUCGCUGCUGAGAGCGACUCUGAAUGAGGAGAGGACAGAAAGUCCUAUCUUAGUGAGGGGUCUUUGGACCCGUUGCUAGGUGUGAUGCUGUCUUCUAAGAGCUGUGAUUGGUGGUUGCAAAAAAAGCAAAUGUGAUCCUAGUAAUCAAUGGAGAGAAAUGAACCAAUGAUAGAAUUUAGACUGGAUAGCUUAUUCACAUGCUCAUCAUUAUUUUGAUUUGCUUAAUAUUAUGUUUACUUGCAUGCUGUUUACUCUUCAUACUACAUGUAUUUCAUGUUAGUUAAUUUCAUAUUAAUAUUAAAAUUCAACAUUUUACUGUCAUUGCCUUCUUACUCUUACCGAGGGAAUAUUCUAAGAAAAAUCUAAGAAUUCAAGAAAUCCUACGAUUUUUCUUAGAAUGACGUCACUGGGAGCUACUUUCAGUCUUAGGAUUCUUUGUGAAUACGGGCCCUGUUCAACUCACCAUGCAGCUUGGCGUUCCUGAUCUGCACGUUGGUCCUAAAAACACUGUCGCCUGUUAUGACAAUACGGGGAUGAUGUGCUCAAGGUGACAUGCAGUGUUAUUUUCCAAAAAAGAUUAGGUAAAAGACAUUUUUUCGGGCGUUCCUUUAUCAGUGGUUUUAAUCUUUCUUCAAGAUUUUGUGGAGUUUUUGUCCAAUAGUUGUCCUGUUGGCAGAAUUUUCCACCUUAGCUGCAGCACCUCCAGAGUUACUUUGCACCUCUUGGGCUGAUUCUCUUAUUAAUGCUAUGCUUGGCCAGCCUGUCAGUAAAGGUGGACCGCCUGUUCUCUUUCCAUUUUCAGGUGAUAGAUUAAUCGAUGCGAGAUGUCUUAAACUACAGAUAUUGAUUAAUAAUCCAAUCCUGCUUUAAAUUUUUUAUCAACUUUAUUGCUGACCCAUCAGGUGUUUUUUUGGACUUUGUGAUCUAAGAAACUGCUGAGGCCUUCACAGAGCAGUUGGAUUUAUGCUGAACGUUUAUUGCAUUGGGUGUACCAGUUAGGUGACUUCUGACGGCAAAUGGUUCCUCCGGAUUUUAUUUAGGGGUAUCACAGCAAAGUGACUGAACACAAAUAUUUUAUUAGUAAAAUACCUUUGUAUGUUUUUCUUUUACACCACAAUUACUACUUGUGUUGAUCUAUCUCAUAAAAUCACAAUCAAUUGUAUGUACAGCGCUUUGAGUGUCUCGUUACUGAAAAGCGCUAUAUAAAUAAACUUACCUUACCUUACCUUACAUGGAAGUUAGUGGCUCUAACAUGACAACAUAUGAAAAAGCUUCAAGGAGUAUGGGUUAAUUUGCACGGAACUGUCCGUUUUGUCCAGGUGUUAUACGUGAUCAUGAAUGAUAGGAUUUUGACCAUGGCAGUGUUUGCAUUAACAUAUAACGAAAUUGUAUAAAUGUAUGACAAGUUGGUGUCAAGCCUAAAAAACUUUCUCCAGUAAGUGGAGAGAAUCUAUAAGUCCAAUAGUUCAGUUCUGUCCUCCCCAACUCUUUUGUAGGGUGGGCCAUUUUACUUUUCUUCUCAUUAAUGUCUAUUAGGAAUAGCACAAAAGGGCAAUUAUUAGGGCACCUACGUGUUUCAGCUGUUUUUAAUUUGUGGUUUAGGUUAUUCAUAAUUUAACGGGUCUGCGUCACACAUAACUGAGUCCACCACCAGAGGGCAGUACAGCACAAACAGA